AAAUUGUCAGAGGAGCGUGUUCCUUCCUGCAGCUUGGCACCCACUUCCAAACUCACAUCGUUGUUGAGAGAAUUGAGUUCCCUGUGAUUUCAGGACUGAGUUUGUUUCCUUUUUCUUGCCGGCAACCAUAAUUGCUCUCAGUUACUAGAAGUUGCCCACAUUUUUUUUUUUUUUGCACAAGCCACUUAAGGCUUCUUCUUAAGGCGACUUCUUCAAAGGCAGUGAGGAGGUAUCUUGAAUCUCUCUUACUACAUAAGAAUACAACUUAGCUUCAGUUGCUGAGAUGGACUCGUGUAACAUAAUGUAAGAGGCGUGAUGAUCCAUCUUCUGUUGGAUAGAGUAUGAAGCGUAGCAGGAUGGAAAGAACUCUGGUAAGGACUUGCUUAAUUUCUCAUACAGCCUUGGUUUGUUAGUUUGUAAAAUGGAGAGACACAGAUACAUCUAGUUCACCAAGUUAUUGGGAGAUGACAUCAUGUGACACAAAAUCUAGCAAAUCCUCCUCCUCCUUCUCACCACCACUACCAAAUUAUCAUAGCAUCACUCCCAAAAGAAUUUUAAAUAGGCACAGAUAAGAAAAGUUUUCAUCUAAACACUCAUGAAGUUAGCAGCAAAUAUGAAAUUAAAUCCAGGGGAAAAUCAUGUCACUGGUCGGUAAACUGCCUCAAGUUUAUUGUUAGGAUAAAAUGAAUGAGUACAUGUAUGUACAUUCCACAGCUUUGUACCUACCAUAUAAUAAUAUGGAAUAUGUAUAGCAAUUAUUGUUUAGAAUGACCAGCUGUAGGUACACUGAGAGAACAGCAGAUGAAUGACAGAGUGUGCUCGUAACUGAGUUAGGAAUACAGUAAGAUCAAUACUAAGAAAUGAUUAAAAAGCGUGAUGAUUGAGUCCAACUUUUACAUACCUUGAGACUCAGGACAGAUUGCAAUUGGUUUGAGCUAUAGGUAAUGAGAUGGAUUUUGUUUAGGGAGGAUGACCUGCCAAGGCUGAGGCCCAGAGACAAACUCAGCUCAAGGCUCCAAAAUAAAUGUAAGGUAUUUAUUUGGAAAUCAAAGCAAAAUGAGAAAUAUCAGUUUAAAAGUAUAAAAACUCAUACAACAGAAUUUAGAGAGGAGAACUGAUGAAUCUACCCAGAGACUUUAAACUGACUUUCAGUGUCAAAGCACCUGGAGAUCAGCCCUUUAUGGACCCAGCAGCAGGAAAUCAUGCUUAAACGCACUGGGCAAUUGCCACUCCUCUUGUCUCAAUAUGAAGAGUCCUUCCAUAAGACCUUAAGCCCCCUCCCUUGGCACAGGAGAAGUGGGCAGAAAAUAUGACCUGGGUCCUAACAGGACCAUCUGAGAGUAAAGAUGAGCCUGUUCAUCCCACAGAUUGUUCCUAAGAGCUUAGCUAAUUCCCUUCUCCUAAAUGGUGUUCUCAGGGUUGGGAAAUGGGCUGCCUUGGUAAUGAGGUCUCCUGGCGCUCUGCUGUUUGGAUUGAGGUUUCUGCCAUUGAGUCACUUGGGAGUAGUAACUGCUUUUUGGAGAGAGAGACCCAGCGUUUGGAACAGAAGAUUUGUACCUUAUUAAGAAGCCCCAAUCAGAGCUACUGCUUUGUGACCCAAAGACAAGCUUCUUUCCGGGGGUGGAGCUAUGAAAAUCUGGAGGAACUGAAUGUGACAUUUUUCUGUCCUUCACGUUCCUCUCAGACACAGGAAGACUAAGAUAGACUUCAUUUCCUUCCUCUCUUAAACACUUGUUUUUAGUUGUGACAUUUUGGGUGGUGCCCAGAGAUUGGCCAGCAAAAGGGGGAAUUUUUCUAAAACCAUAGCUCUGCUCAGUAAGGCUAGUAAGGAAAAAAAACCUAUUCCGUAAAACAGCAUAGCUCCACAAAGUGUUCUAAAGCUAUGUCAGGACUGAGUUUUAAAUGAUUUUAUGAAGGACACUGACAAAAAAUUUGGCAACAUUGUAUCACCCUAGUAAAAAAUCUGCAUCACCCAUUAUUUCAAGCAGUUCAGAUUUCCGGAAUGGUAGAUGUAACUCAGACAUGAGCACAACUCUCUAGAAGACCCCAAAGCAGGCUCCCUGGUGAGCAUCACUUCCUUAUGUACCAGGAUGGGGAAUGUUUACUAAAGCAUAAACUCAGUUGUCACAGAGCAGUGACGAUGUGUAGAAGGAAAACAUGAUCUCUCCUGGGGAAGAGUUUGGAAAUGUGGUGAAUAGUGUAAUGUAGAGAAGAGGGACAUGAAACACUUGAAAGGCCUUAAAUUGGGUCUUAUACUAAAAAUUGUUCAAGAGUCUAAGCCCCAUGAGACCAAGCAUCAUCUCGGCAGUCUUUCUUUUCUUACAACCAGCACAGUACUUUGUGACUGCGGAACACAUUGACACGCUGGAAGAAACGGUUUUGAUUAGUAAAAUCAAGCCAAAUAUUGGUUUAAGCAAAUAAAAACUACAUAGCAAGUUCUGUGUGAUUUUUUUAAAAAAUAUUUUUGGUGGAGCGGGGGGAGUUCUUUGUUUUUCAGUCCUAGGGAUUGAUCAAGGGUACUCUUCCAUUGAAUUAGAUUCCCAGUCCUUUUUAUUUUUGAGACAGGGUCUCACUAACUUCCUGAAGACUGACCUUGAAUUUGCAAUCUUUCUGCCUCAGUCUCCCAAGUCACUAAGAUUACAGGUAUGUACCACUGUGCUCACUGCACAGUGGAUUUUAAAAAUUCAGAAAACAACAGGAUAAGAUUUAUUCUCGGGGGGAAAAUAAUAAACAGUAUAUUCAUUAAGGAUUGGAUCAAGGAUCAGCCUUGUGUCGCUUUUAUUUGAAAGAUAGGAAAGGCAAUAAAAUCGCCAAAAUCAAAGAUAGUAUCUGAAUGGUGUGAUUUCUGUCCAUCUGUAUAUUCCCUGCAUUUUCUUCCUCUUAUCUUUCACUUCUCAUCUAUAUUUCCUAGAUCCCAGGUUAGUAAUCCUUCUCUUUCUAAUGCUUGGAUUGUAGCACCUUCACUCUGCACCCCUUUAUUGACUAGUCUGUUUACUGAAUUCUCACACAUUGGUGCGGCUGGAGUUUCAGAGAUAUUGGGAACUUAGAGAUGACUGAUAGUCUGGCGGUAGAGGGAGUCAGAAAUAUUCCAGGCCACAAGUAGGUAUGAGGUCUUCUAAUCACAAGGAAUCUUCUGGCGAAGAUUCGCCGGUCCUCUAGUGAAGAGAUAUCAUGUUAUAAGAAUUCUGUGCAUGAAUUUAAAAGUAUACAAAUGUAAUGGAAACUGUGAUUUACCAUUAACAUACUCUGAAUUACAAGAUAGCAAGUGACCUGGAUAUCACUUUAGGUCCUUCCUAUGUAUAUUAGUUGGAUGGGCUAUUCUGAUCCACGGGAGAAGUAAAAUAUUGGCUGUUAUCCAGAAGGGGAUUAGAGACAAAACUGAAAAUUGCAUUCUUCCUAAUCCAUAGCUGUGUUACAAAGAAAGUGUGAGCAACAGUAUAUGAAUCCAAUCAAUGCACUUCAGAGAGGUUUUUUAAAAGUCAUGAAAAAAAUCCAUAUGCGAGAGUGGAAGGUAAAUGAUGAAAUUUUAAAAAAACCAAGGCUCAAGUAAUCAAAGGAUUGUUUACAAUCUAAGAGUGUUAAAAUGAAUCCCCUAACUCCACUCCUAUUCUGCUCCUAUUACAAAUUUAAGCUGGCUCAUUUAUGAAAAAUAAAAAGGAAUAACCACUCAUAAAAUCUAUUAUUUUAUAAGGAUUUCCAACAUGUAAAGCACCAGGUCAGAUUCUUUAAAUACAUUAACCUAUUUAAUUCUCUUGGCAACUCAGUGUUUUAUUACUAUAAUCAAUUUAGAAAUGAGUUUAAUAUUGUGCUUAAAAUUUUGAAGAGCUAUUGAAGAAACUUGGGGUUGCUGCAUGAAUAGAUUUUUUUUUUUUGAAAGAUUACAAUGACAAGAGUACUUCAGUAGCAAGGUACCUGAAGUGAGAAGUGUGAGUUAGGGGACCAUCACAUUAUCAGAGGGUUUGAUGAUGGUCAUCAAAAGUUGGGUGUUGGUAACAGUAUAGAGAGAAGGGGACAGAGAGCAGAGUUGCAGGAGGGACUCCCAUUGCGGGUCGGAAAAGGGAAGGGAAGUCAUUCAGUUGACUCUCAGCCUUCUGAAUGGUUAAACCUGGUUAAGGAUCGGGGUGAAAGUGCCCAACUAACUACAUUCUCCUAUGCUAGGUUCGCUUGGGGUAAUGGAAAAUGCAGAUGGGUCAAUUCAUUUCUGUCCCCAACAUAGCUUGGAAUAUGGAGAAUUGGAGUAAAACCGUGGGCAUCUGGACUUUGUCUGGUUAAAUGAAUUUAUCUUCGCUGUCACACUAGGAAAGUCUGUUUCCUACUUGAAGAGACAUCCUCGGGUUCAUUCCAUUCCCUUUCCCUCUUUUGUUUAGAAUUCAAGGAGAUAAGUUACAUUUCUACAGUGCCUUAUGAAAUGAUUUUUCAUGGUCUUAGAGGAUAUUUAUUGCAGGGUCUCUGGGAAGACUAGCCAGCGGAAAUGCUCCCUUUCCUAAUCUUCCAGGAUCACAGGGGAUGUAUGUAGGUGCAGGGCUUAGGAAGGUGAAAACCAGGACUAGACUUGGGCUCUCGGAAAGUGAUGUCAUAUUGUGGGGACCUUGCAGGGCACGUGGCGGUGAAUGCUGCAGUGAAUGCUGUUGAAAAGACACAACAUUUUUAUUCAUUAGCUAAUUCAUUCACAAUUCAUUAAUUUGUCUCUAGACAACUUGUUUCCGUAAGUUGACUAUUGUGCACAGUGCGGCAAUCAACAUGGGCGUACAAAUAUCUCUUUGAUGUUCGGAUUGCAACUUGGGUAUUUGAAAAGCUGAUUAACUCCACUAAUCACUGGGAAUUGCUAACUGAAACCACAAUAUCGCCUCCCUACCAUUAGCAUGGAUAAUAUUUUUAAAAAACUUCCCAAGACUAUUCUCAAUAGAUAACUCGUGUUGGGAAUGAUUUGUAGAUAUUGGAAUCCUUUGACACCAUUGGUGGGAAUGGAAAUUGAUGCAGCCACUGUGGAACACAGUAGGGAAAUUCCUCAAAGACCUAAAAGUAGAACUGUCACAUAACCCAGCAAUCCAACUUCUGGAUGUGUAGUCAAGAAAUUGAAAUCAGGGAGCUAUUGCUACAAAUCCCUUUUUAAUUUGAUUCAAUUUUAUUUAAUUUAUCUACUUUCCCUCUCGCCUCCAUCUCUGCCCUUAAUCCCAAGGAACGAGGGGAAAGCCCUCUACGGUAACAAAGAAGAAAGUGGACAACGAGGUACACUGAUCAGUUGGCCAGUAGGUGAACACCGAUGGCCCCUGGGGUUUGAGGCUUUGCUCGGAGGCUGGACACACUUUAGGCCUGGGCCCAGCCAACUCUCUUUCGAGGUUCACUUACACAUCUUUAUUUCCUUUACCUAGCUCUUUCUUAGGCUUUUCCCAAUGCCAAAGCCAAACUCCUCUUUUGUGACUGAAUUUGCCUUUGAAGGCUUCUCCAGCUUUGGGUGGAGGCACAGGCUUGUCUUCUUCGUUGUUUUCCUAACCUUGUACCUGCUGACUUUGUCGGGCAACGUGAUUAUCGUGACCAUUAUUCGGCUGGACCGUCACCUCCACACGCCCAUGUACUUCUUCCUGAGCAUGCUCUCCAUCUCUGAGACCUGCUACACCGUGGCCAUCAUUCCCCGUAUGCUUUCUGGCCUCCUGAAUCCUCACCAGACCAUCGACAUCCACGGCUGUGCCACCCAGCUCUUCUUCUAUCUCACCUUUGGCAUCAACAAUUGCUUCCUCCUCACGGCCAUGGGGUAUGACCGCUACGUGGCCAUCUGCAACCCCCUGAGGUAUUCGGUCAUCAUGGGUAAGAGGGCCUGUGCCCAGUUGUCAUCUGGGUCACUGGGAAUUGGUCUGGGCAUGGCCAUUGUCCAGGUGACGUCUGUGUUUGGCCUGCCCUUCUGUGAUGGCUUUGUUAUUUCCCACUUUUUCUGUGACGUGAGACCCCUCCUGAAGCUGGCCUGUGCAGAUACCACUCUCAAUGAGAUGGUCAACUUGGCUGUCAGUGUCUGUGUCCUUGUCCUACCCAUGGGCCUGGUCUUCGUCUCCUACGUCCUCAUCAUCUCCACCAUUCUCAAGAUCGCUUCUGCAGAGGGUCGGCAGAAGGCCUUCGCCACCUGCGCCUCCCACCUCACAGUGGUCAUCGUCCACUAUAGCUGUGCCUCCGUCGUCUACCUCAAGCCCAAGUCCCAGAGUUCCCUGGGGCAGGACAGACUCAUCUCGGUGACCUACACCGUCAUCACGCCUCUGCUGAACCCCGUGGUGUACAGCCUGAGGAACAAGGAGGUCAAGGAUGCUUUGCGAAGAGCCGUGGGGAGAAAGCCCCUCUCUCCUUAAUCAGGACAGAUUGGGAAGGCUUUUUUUUUUUUUGUCUUUUUUUUUCUUUUUAGUGUAUCAUGUAUUAAUUUUUAUUCUAUUUCAUAAAUAUCCAUACCUAUGGGAUUAAAAAGAGUGAACUAAGUUGAACUGGGUGCUAAAAUUGAGGGCUUCCUCUUGGGGUGGUCUUGCUUUUCCACAUCCUGCUUGAUAGGAAUGAGAAAAUGACUUGGCAUACCUAUAGAAAACAGAGUAGGAGGAUUUGCAUACCCAUGUCACUCAUACCCAGGUGCGCCCAUGCAUGCUUGCACAUAGCAACACACAUCCUGAGAAUAGUUUCAGUUACUUACACAAUUCCAGUUAGUCCUGCAGGGUCCUAAAAAGCUGAUGAAUAAACGGUUUGCAAACCACCUCAAGAAAGAAUUCUUUGUUGUUUUUUGCGUGUUGUUAAGGGUGUCAGAGUAACCUGGGCAGUCAUCCUAAAAGGUAAAUGAGGAAACACACAUGCACAUACAUUGUUGAAGGCUUUCUUCUCUUUUUGCUGCUUGCUGACAUUCCAUCACAACCUAGGAAGUCUUCAAAGGCUGCAGACACAUCUGCCUUAUCUGGCCUAGGAAUAAGGAGUGACAAAACUAUACACUACAGAUGACAUAGAUGGCAGUUAUUCCUAGUCCUGAGGUGCCCGGAUGAGAAAGCUUGCAUUAAAAAAAAAAAAAAAAAAAAA